AUGUGGCUAGUGCUGGCCGCAUGCUUCAGUCAAUGUGUGGCACAGACGCAGUAUUUCGAAGUGCUCACGUACCGUGGGCCGUCUCAGUGCACAAGAUGUCAGUGCCUGAAUCAAAACAGCGCUCUUUGUCGAGAGCUUCGAGAAGGGUUUUUUAUGCGAGAAAAAGGUUGCCAGGAUGGGAAGAUUUGCACCAACUGUGCUUUUGGGAAUGGCACUGCCCCGACGACGUGCCAGUGCGAGAAUCCUCCGUUCUCGGUGCCAGCCCAGUACAACGAGGCUUGUGGUAUGGGCAAGGAAUGUGCGCAGGGAGAAGGCAUCUGCUUUCGACCUUGCAUGACUUUCCUUCACAUCACGUCAUGCCCGGUGGACUACUGCCAGUGGAACACCUUGACUCUGCUAUGUGAGGACAGGGCUCCCGACCUGCCGACAGUGUAUUGGAGGGAAACCAGCACAGGUGCAACGGUGCAGGAAAAAGCGACCGAAGUCAUUCAGCGCACAGAGCCCGCGGAUGCCUACUUUCCGAUGAGCUUCGCGGCCUUCCGAAAAAGUGCUGAAGGAUUCCGAAUCGAGGGUGUCCUGAUCGAGAACAUCACGCAGCCGGAAGCGCUCUUCUUGCAGCUUGACACGGACAUAGAUGGCAAGCUGAGCGUUGGAGAGUUCGCCCGCAUCGGUGACGUCUUUCAAGCUCUGAGAAAUGCCGUGCUGGAGACACGUGUGGCACAGGAGGCAGUACGACGGCUUCAGUCUGUGCCCAAGCAGCAGGCGACGCCUGAGGUUUGCAAUGCAAGAAAUCCACGGCAGUACUAUUGCAGCUUUGACUCAGACUGCAAGCAGGACUGCAAGGCCUGUGGAUGGAAAAGUGCCACGGAUCGCGCCUUUUCCAUCUGUGUGCAGCCUUCUCCGGAGGUCUGCCAUGCAGACGGCGGCCAGGUGUUCUGCCCGUCGGACGAACAGUGCCACCCACCUGGAGACUGCAGCAACUGCGUUGACAGGACCAUCGUUGACCAUGCUCAGCACGUGUGCUUGGCACUCUGGUGGGAUCCACAGCCGUUGACCGAGUGGACAAAUUGGGUUUGCCGCUGGCGAAACAAGGUGGGCAUGCCUUGCCAAAACGAUCAGGACUGCAUCUAUGGCAUGCGAAGAUGUUUGGAUGGUGCAUGCAUGCCAUUCCAGCCGUAUAAUGCCAAUCAGACGUGCGAAAGCGAUUUCGACUGCCCUCAUCUUGGCUUCUACUGUCCAUCUGAUCCGACUGGCGGUCAAAAUCCGUACUGGGUGCAGUACUGCAGAGCCCAGCGUGAAGAGGACAUGACCUGCGCGGAGGAUCGGGAAUGUCAGCCAGGAAUGCGCUGUAAUGUCGGCGAACCGCAACCUCGUUGCCGCAAGCUCUUCUCUCUUGAAAUAGGUGCCCUGGCGGCUGAGGAUGUCUUUUGCCAGUUUGGCUGGAGGGAUAGGGACGGCAAGUGCGCUCCGCCAGCACAGUCCAAACAGGCCGGAAGAAGCUGCGACACAGACCUCGACUGUGCAACAACCGACGAGACAGGGAGGACGGGAAGCUGCACCUGCAAGGCAUGGUGGGACAAAGAUGAUCCAAAGUAUUGCAUGCCGGUGGCGGGAGACUAUUCGCGGCACCAGGAAGCAUUGAGGAACUAUCUCUGGUUCAGGGCAUCCAACUGUGGAAACUUCUGGACAGAGAAAGAAUGCUUACGCAUUUUUGGCAACCAGGCCAUGAGACUCAAGCUCGCUGUAGAGUGUGAGACGCAGCAGCUUUCUGGUGGACCGUAUGGCCCACCUGAAGAGUGCGGUAUUGUGGACAACGAGAGAUUCGGAGAUAGAUGUGCCAUGAUGAACGCAUUGAUGUGA